CGCCCGGCUGCAGGGCUGCCCGCGGUCCCGGAGUUCCUAACUCCCUAAAGUCAGCCCCAGCCCGAGGUUAGGAGGGGCCCGGAGAGGCUUCAGGAAUGAGUAAAUUAAUUACAGACACCGUUUAUGUCACAUCCGCUGGGAGCACGGAGGGAGCCCGGGGCUGUCGCCUUUUCGGGAGCAAAAAACGGGAUUGAUGCAACUUCCUGCGGGUUUCGGGAGUCGGAGCCGCUGUUACCGCCGUGUUUUGCUCCAGAACGUCCCGCUGGGAUUUACAGCUGGGUACAGAGCGGGUGAGAUGUCCGUCCUUGCGCUUCUCCGCAGAGGUGCCGCCGUGCCCGGGACCCCCGUGCCAUGAUCACAUCCCGCUCCGCCUGGCACCUGGGAUCCGGGCCCAACGCCGGAGCCGCCUGGAACGCCAAGGACCUUGCCCCGGACGGCCGUGGGCAGGACGGGCUCGGCGCUGGGGGCGGAGCAGGAGCCGCUCCCAGGGCUCCUCUGCUGCCGGCGCUGCUGCACCAGAAAAUCCUCAGCGUGAGCUGGCCGGACUCUGCCAACCCCCGUGGGCUCUGCCGGGCGCUGCAGGCCCUGCGGGACACGACGUGCAAGCGGCGGGAGGAGCCGCGGCACCGGGGCACAGAGGAGGAGCCGCCCGCAGCCCCCCGUGAGCCAGCGGCCGUGCAGGCAGCCCCCACCAUGAACGUGGAGAAAACAGGAGGGAGGCUCUGCAGUGGGAAACGUGCCAGCCUGGCCACGGCCCGGCCCUUCCCCGUGAUCCAGGAGGUGAUGGCCUCCAUGGCACAUCUGCAGAAGGAGAAGCUGAGGCUGCAGGAGGAGCUGCUGGAGAUGCAGGAGAAGCUCGCUGCCCAGGAGAACAAUGAGCUUUCCCUCUCUCUCCAGCUGCAAGGCCAGGUGGAAACUCUGAAGGAAAAGCUCCUGGAGCAGGCACAGGAGAUCAGCCGGCUGCGCUCGGAGCUGGGUGGCACGGAUGCCGAGAAGCACCGGGACCUGCUGGCGGCCGAGAACGAGCGCCUGCGGCAGGAGAUGAAAGCGCUGGAGGGGGAGCUGCAGCGGCAGCAGCAGGCGCCGUGCCGCGACUGUCCCCACCUGCAGGAGAAGGCCGAGCUGCAGGAGCAGCUGUCGCAGCUGCAGCGGGAGGCAGAGGAGACGCGGGCCAGGCUGGUGGAGCUGGACCUGGAGGUGCAGCAGAAGACGAACCGCCUGGCUGAGGUGGAGCUGCGGCUCAAGGACUCCCUGGCUGAGAGAGCCGAGGAGGAGGAGCGGCUCAGCCGGCGGCUGCGGGACAGCCAGGAGACCAUUGCCAGCCUCAAGUCCCAGCCCCAGCAGAUCAAGUACAUCAUCAAGACGGUGGAGGUGGAGUCAGCCAAGGUAAAACAAGCCCUGUGCGAGACCCAGUCCCGAAACCAGUACCUGCAGGAGCAGGUGGGGAUGCAGAAGCAGGUGCUGAAGGAGAUGGAGCAGCAACUGCAGAGCUCCCAGAAGACGGAGGCUCAGCUCCGAGCUCAGAUCAUGAUGUACGAGGCUGAGCUGGAGCGAGCCCAUGGGCAGAUGCUGGAGGAGAUGCAGGCGAUGGAGGACGAGAAGAACCACGCCAUUGAAGAGGCAUUUUCCCGUGCCCAGGUGGAGAUGAAGGCGGUGCAUGAGAACCUGGCAGGUGUCCGGACCAACCUGCUGACGCUGCAGCCGGCGCUGCGCACCCUCACCCACGACUACAACAGCCUGAAGCGCCAGGUCCGCGACUUCCCCCUGCUUCUCCAGGAGACCCUGCGCAGCGCCAGGGCCGAGAUCAGCCAGGCCAUCGAGGAGGUGCACAGCACCAACCGGGAGCUGCUGCGCAAGUACCGGCGGGAGCUGCAGCUCCGCAAGAAGUGUCACAACGAGCUGGUGCGGCUCAAAGGAAACAUCCGUGUUUUCGGGAGAGUGCGCCCCAUCACAAAAGAGGACGGGGAGGGCCCUGAGGCAGCCAACGCUGUGACCUUUGAUGCUGAUGAUGAUGCUGUCCUGCACCUCCUGCACAAAGGGAAGCAGGUGUCCUUUGAGUUGGAUAAAGUCUUCCCCCCACAAGCAUCCCAGGAGGAGGUGUUUCAGGAGGUUCAAGCCCUGGUCACCUCCUGCAUUGAUGGCUACAAUGUCUGUAUCUUUGCCUAUGGGCAGACAGGAGCAGGAAAAACCUACACAAUGGAGGGGACGGCAGCAAACCCAGGGAUCAACCAGCGGGCCCUGCAGCUCCUCUUCUCCGAGGUGCGGGGCAAGGCGGCUGACUGGGACUACACCAUCACCGUCAGCGCUGCCGAGAUCUACAACGAGGCACUCAGGGACUUGCUGGGGAAGGAGCCGCAGGAGAAGCUGGAGAUCAAGCUGUGCCCUGAUGGCAGCGGGCAGCUCUACGUGCCGGGGCUCACUGAGUUCAGGGUGCAGAGCGUGGAGGACAUCAACAAGGUCUUCGAUUUUGGCCACAUCAAGCGGGUGACAGAGUGCACCAACCUGAACGAGCACAGCUCUCGCUCCCACGCCCUCCUCAUCGUCACCGUCCGCGGCCUGGACCGCAGCACGCGAGGCCCAGCACAUCAACAAGUCCCUGUCGGCCCUGGGAGAUGUCAUCUACGCCCUGCGCUCCCGCCAGGGCCACGUGCCCUUCCGCAACUCCAAACUCACCUACCUGCUGCAGGACUCGCUCAGCGGUGACAGCAAGACCCUCAUGAUGGUGCAGGUCUCCCCUGCCGAGAAGAACACCAGUGAGACGCUGUGCUCCCUGAAGUUUGCUGAGAGGGUUCGCUCUGUGGAGCUGGGUCCUGUCUCCCGCAAGGCUGAGCUGGGCUCCUGGCCCAGCCAGGAGCACCUGGAGGGUGACUCGCCGGGUUCCUCAGCACCAGCAGGCCGGGGCCACGCAUCCCCCAGCCCAGGGCAUCUCUCCAGUCGUUCUGCCUCCAUCCGCAGGAAGCUCCACACCUCAGGGAAGCUGAGGCCCAUUCCCCUGUGAUGAGUGCCAGCCAUGGCAUCCAACCUGCUGCAGGACCCAGCCCCUCACAGUGACACGGAGACGGCUGCUCAAAGACGUGAAGGCUUUGGUGCUGUUCCCUUGGCCACCAGGACCCAUGACCAGAGGGUGAUGGCACCUCUCACCAUGAGCAGCACGGGGUCAGAGUCUCCCAGCAGCCAUGCCCCCCUCUCAGGGUAGGGGACAGUGGUGCUGGGCAGAGAUCUGCCCCGUCGAUGCUCAGCUCUGUGAGUUUAUUUUUGCUGGACAGAUGUUUUUAGCUGGAGCAGGGAGCAGCUGGGUGUUCCCUCCAUCUCUCCAGCUUUGUUUUUACCAUGAGAUGUAGCUGGAAGGGGUGCACAGAGCCAGACCAGUCUCUGGCCCUGCCUCUCCCACUGCCACAGGGCUAUCCUGGCCACAGCUCCUGCAAGACUGCAUCUGGGCAGCUGCCCAGUGUCUUUCAGAGCAGCACUUCCUCCAAGUUAAACUACAAAAGAUCCCAGCAGCUCUCUUUCCCGUGAGUUUCUCAAGCCCUGUUGUUGCAUGAAGGCCCCCGGUGCUGUGCAUGAGCCGAGCUGCUGUUCCUCGUGGUGCCAGUGCUGCCAGGGCCCACGCUGGCUGCCUGUGCUACCUGGCACCAGGGGCAAUGGAGCAGUCUCAAAUGAAGCUAUUGUAAAGUUAUUUACCAGUUGUCUUGUCAAGAGAGAUCACAGUGUGGUCGAGAUGAAAGUGUUUGACAUAUUUAUACCUGUUUACAUGGUCUUGGAAUGGAAAAGUAGUGGAAAACAAACAAAAAGACCCCAAACCUCCAGUCCAAAAGCCUCUUGGCUUAUGUAUGGGGAUGGUGGUUGGCAGGGGCAUGGGAGGGGAUGACACUGCCCUUGGACCUCUCAAGAGCCACCUGUGGGUACAUCUCCUCCUGCUGCCAGCCCCUGCUGGAUGCACUGAUGGCUCUUUCCACCACUCUCUCCUCUCGCGCUUCCACGGCGUAUUCUAUUUAAAAACAAAAAAGGGAAAAAUAAAUUUAGCCUUUUGUAAGAGUAGAUGUUUCUAUGUAUUUUAAUAAUUAAAAAAUACCCUGUUUUGUAACAAAACUUAUUUUAAAUAAACUCUUAAAGCCAG